GAGCAGCCGGUUGGGGAGGGAGGCGUGGAGCGAGGGAGGCGCGUCGGGCUGGGAAGUCGCGCGCACUGGCAGCUCCUGGGACCGACGUUUAACUCUUGCCAAGUCUUGUCGCCGCCGUUGCGGCUGGCGGGCCUUGGGCUUCCCCUGAAGCAUGAGCCCUCUCGCCCGCAGCCACCCUCACCGCCUGGGCCGCGGACAGUGCGCGCCGGUGCCCCGGGCUCGCCGCCUUAGGAUCCCCUGCGCCCGCAGCUCGGGAGCCCGCGGCAGGCAAUCAGUGGGUGACCGCGUCUGCGAGGGACUUUGUCAUCCGUCCUCCGGGACCUGUGGAGAAAUAACCCCAUCCCUUCCUUCUCUGCCACCAUUUCGAACACCCCGCAGGGACUCGUUUUGGGAUUCGCACUGACUUCCAGGAAGGACGCGAACCCUUCUCUGACCCCAGCUCGGGCGACCACCUGUCUUUGCCGCGUCGACCCUUCUCCCAUGACCCUGCGGUGCGUCGAGCCCUCCGGGAAUGGCGGAGAAGGGACGCGGAGUCAGUGGGGGACCGCGGGGUCGGUGGAGGAGCCAUCCCCGGAGGCGGCGCGACUGGCGAAGGCCCUGCGAGAGCUCGGUCAGACAGGUUGGUACUGGGGAAGUAUGACUGUUAAUGAAGCCAAAGAGAAAUUAAAAGAGGCACCAGAAGGAACUUUCUUGAUUAGAGAUAGCUCGCAUUCAGACUACCUACUAACAAUAUCUGUUAAAACAUCAGCUGGACCAACUAAUCUUCGAAUCGAAUACCAAGACGGGAAAUUCAGAUUGGACUCUAUCGUAUGUGUCAAGUCCAAGCUUAAACAGUUUGACAGUGUGGUUCAUCUGAUCGACUACUAUGUUCAGAUGUGCAAGGAUAAGCGGACAGGUCCAGAAGCCCCCCGGAAUGGCACUGUUCACCUUUAUCUGACCAAACCUCUCUACACAUCAGCACCAUCUCUGCAGCAUCUCUGUAGGCUCACCAUUAACAAAUGUACCGGUGCCAUCUGGGGAUUGCCGUUACCAACAAGACUAAAAGAUUACUUGGAAGAAUAUAAAUUCCAGGUAUAAGUGUUUCUCUUUUUUUAAACAUGUCUCACACAGAGUAUCUCCGAAUGCAGCUAUGUGAAAGAGAACCAAAACUUGAGUGCUCUGGAUAACUAUAUGGAAUGCUUUCUAAAAACGGCUGAAGCUAAUCUAAUUUAAAUGCCUGAGUGGUAGCUAGGUGUUUAAAGUUCCUCCAGAUACUUUACCUGAGUGAUGCUUCCCUUCCUAAGGCUGACCAAGACCAGUGAUCUUUUUAGAUCAAAAAUAAAAUGUCCCAUGUAAAGGCCACAGGCGCUUUUUAUCAGAAUGCCUUGCCUUCUUAGGUUCCUUUCUGUUAGGUCAAAGGUCCAGGCUCCAGUAGGAGAGAAAGAGCUCCUCAUAGGAAUACUGAAGAAGUCGGAGGAACCAAGCUGAUACAGGCUUCACUGCAGUUUGAUGUGCCUGCUGAUCAGAGUCUCUUUUGGGCAUUUUAUAUUUUGCAUUCUGAUGUACCUAGGAGUUUUGUUAAACAGAUUAUGUGUGUAUUUAUCCCACUUUAUGCAAUUAACCAAAUCAACCAAAAAAAAGUGACCAUGAAGUCCUGUAUUUGUCUUUUUACUACAUGUAUGAACUCUCCUGUGAAUGAGUACUGUAGUAAUCCAUUUUAAGGGAGCCUUAUUCGAAAUAUUUCAAACUGGUGCAAAUGGAAAAGACUUUCUCUUUUCCUUUAAGGCUAAAGACAAGAAUGUCAUGCUAUACAGGUGCAACUCAAUCCCUGUUAAUAAAAACCAAUGUAGGGAUAGGCAUUUUACCCUUUGAAAUAGCUGUGUCCCAACCUGUUGCCAUUGAUUUUUUGGAAAUGGCUUUAGAAAUUUCCAGGUUGUCCUUGAAUUAUCUAACCAUGGACAUAAACAGUUGUCUCCCUUCUACUGUGUAGAGUAUUUUUGACUUAAUUUUCUUCCAGAUACAGGGGGAUACCUGCCUGUUUUUCAAAGUGUUUAUUUACUGCUGUUACUAUUUGAUUAGAAUGUAUUAAAUAAAAAAAAAACCUGAUUUCUAC